AUGACUCCCAUUUCUAGCCACGUCUCCCCCGCAGAGCUCAUGGACGGGACCCAAACCCGUAAGCGCCCACGGCCGGUCGUGUCGUGCCUGCGCUGUCGAGAGAAGAAGCUCAAAUGUGAUCGCAUCGUGCCGUGUGAGAACUGCACCAAGUCUGGCUGUCCGUCCGACUGCACGUACAACCAGAGCCAGGCGAGUCUGGAUGCCCUGCCCAAGGCCAAGCGUGUGCAACUCGGCUCUGAGGCGGUCGACCAGCAUCCGGACCCUCGAGUCGAACCUGGAAGAAACGCAGGAGUUGGCAUUAUAGAGGAUCUCCAGCUCCGGCUGGCCAAGUUGGAGGAGCUUCUUUCUGCACAAGCGAAUCUGGGUUCGUUGACAGAUGUCUCGAUUCGAGACUCUAGGUAUAUUCGAGAUGCUUGUAGCCCACAAUCAAGCGGCAUCACCCAAUCGGCGAGUUCGCCGCCAUUCCUGGGAACUCUAGUUGUCAAGGGAACUCGAACGAGAUAUCACGGCCAGAACAACAGAAUCACCCUUUUGAACCAGUUCUCCGAAGCAAAAGAGUUCAUCGAUCAGUGCACCAAAGAUCCUACCGUCGUCGGAUUGGCCAAAGAAGUGCAGUUUCUCCAAAGUAAAUCCAAGCUGUCACCGAGUUCGCCAGAGUCAAUAUCAGAUCUGGAAAGUUCUCCAGAGUUGCUGCAGCUUCGCGCUUAUCUCCCUUCAAAGAGAGUGUGUGAUCAGUUGUUGGAGUCAUACACUCUAAAUUUUGAAAAGACACUGAGGAUUUUCCAUGUUCCUACUUUUAUUCGCCAGUACAACGAGUUUUGGGCCGAUCCCGAUAACGAAAUCUAUCGAUCGUGUGGCUUUCUCCCGCAGCUUACGGCUGUAUUGGCAGUCGCACUACCGUUGGAAGACCAGAGCUUCAAAACGGAACAUACUCCCUCAUGGGAAUACUUGCACAUGCCUGCAGUGAACUUUGUCCGACUGUGGCUGGGGAAACUCGGUCGCAAGGAACAGACGGAACUUGCAACGCUGCAGGUUGAGGCGCUCAUUUUACUCGCCCGUCGUCUGCGCCUUGUGGCACCUGAAGAACUGUGGAGAGAAACAGGGACUCUUGUCCGCUCUGCCAUGGUCAUGGGUCUACACUUGAAUCUCACCGAAUAUGCUGGAUUAUCGGCAUUUCAAAUCGAGCAACGGCGUCGGCUAUGGAUAACAAUCGUCGAAAUGGACCUCCAGGCGUCGAUCGCAUCCGGCAUGCCGGUCACGAUUCCCGAAAUUGAUUUUGGCCCCCUUACUCCAGCCAAUCUCAACGAUACCGACUUUGACGAUUCGACAGUUGAGCUUCCGCCUUCCAAAAACUUGCAUGAAUGGACCGACUCCCUCGCCCAGGUCACAUUGGCCAUGUCCUUGCCCCAUCGUAUCCGGGCCAUGAUGUUGGUCAGGACAGUUGGUUCGGGUAUGGAUCUGAGCGAGAUUGUCAAGCAAGGACGACGGUUAGAAGAGUGUUUACGACUGAUACCGUCCCCCUUGAAACUGGAACAAGCCCCAAAGAGUGGCGAUAAUCCAACGAUGUUGUUAAAUCGCGUCCUCCUGGACGUUUACACCCGCAGACCCCUUCUCUGUCUCUACCGGCCCAUCGUCAUGGGCGAGGGCUGUGACGAUGGAGCGUUCUUUGAAAUCCAGCAAUCAUGCCUAGAAUCCUCACUUGUCAUUUUGUCAUACCAAGACUACUUUGACCCUAGCGUGGCCGACCUUGACGUUUUCAAUUCGACCUCUUACUGGGACAUCUUCCAACUCUUCUGCAAAAACGAUAUUCUGUGGGCGGCGCUGAGCGUCUGUGGAUACAUGAAACUAUCAACCCAACAGCAGUCGACCGCCUUGAGUUCGCCCCCCCAACUCCAGCCUGGUUCCUCUCCAACCCCACGGGCAGCAACCCAUACCAAGGCCAGCUUGACUCGGAUCGUCGAAAAUACACUCGAUGGCCUGACACGCAGAAUCGGCGAAACCGGCAGCAACCUCAAGGACAUUCUGCUUCUUGCUGUGGUUUUGCAGUCGGUGCGAGCUCGUGGAUUAGGCCAGAUGAAAGAACGGUGGAUGCAGCAAGGGGCAACAAAAGCUUUGUCUGCGUGUCGGCAGCAUUUACUCCUCUCGGUUUCCGACCAGUCGUUUGCAUUCAACCUGGCCGACUUUGCGCAGAUUCUUCAAUCCACUCAGCCCAUGUUCCCAUCCACCGGCCCGCAAUUUACAUCCACCUCUCAGCCUCAAUUACCCGAUUUCCUCGCCGAGUCAUCCGCACUGGCUACCGAAUUUAAUAAUUUAGGUGAUCCGUUUACAUUUGAAGAUGGAUCAUUCGCGUGGAACAUAUAA